AUGGCUGAAUCGAUUCAUGUCGACUGCUCGGCAGCGCCACCGGACCAUUAUGAACCUGACAACGACAUCAGCGGGGCCGGAAUUGUUGUUAGCUAUAUUUCGACCGCAGGCCUUGCUGUUCUUAUCAUAAUCGUGUAUUAUGUCGUCGUCUACGAUCCUUUGGUGGAUCCAUUCAACGCAGACGCAGACGCAGACACAGCCCAGGAAUGUGCUACGUGGGAUCACGUUAACCCGUUGGACGACUUUUUAUUGAGGUGGUUACGAUCGGGGCCGGCAUAUAUUUCAAAACAGGUCCUGGGCUCACGCAAACUUCUGUCACCCCGUGCUAGGUCUCGGCUUGACGGAGUCCUAAUCAAGUGCCUUUUGAUUAUGAGUGACCUGCAGAUUGUCACCGGGUUUGCAAUCCUUCUCAGUGGGUUUACACAGCUUCAAAGUGGCCUGGAAGCCUUGAAAUGGCGCACUAUUCUUGACCUGGCAUGGUUCUCCUGUCUGACACAUCUUUCAUGCCUAACAAUGUUGCGACGACAUCUUCACACGCACACCAUUGAGCGCAUAUGGAGAUUGUUCGCCAUGGGUAUACUUGCGGCAUUGCUAGCCGCCGGCCUACUACCUACGGCCAAUCAUAAAUGGCUUUUACUUUCUGAGGAUGCUAAAGCUACCCCCGCUAUUUGUAUCCUCGGCUGCUAUCUGAAGCCUGGACCAAACAAGGAAUGGGCGAACACUAUGGUAUUGAACAUGAAUGUUAAUAUAGAUGACUUCCAUCCGUCCCAAUGGUUCUGGCCACCGAUAGUAUCCGCAAGCUUUGUCGUGGUUGCAUUUACCUUUCGAGUCGUGAGAUUAUAUAAGUCUCUCUCUUUGAGUGUCAACCGAGCGACUAAAUGGGUUGAUAACCAGAUACAGAGACUUCUCUCGCUUCUUUUUAGAACCCUCUGUAAAGAAGAAGAGAUUUAUAGCCUUAAACGUUCACUCGGAUACCGGCCUGUCUUUGGUAUUGUGAUGAUUUGGCGUUUUUUGUUAGUCUUAUGGGCUUCAUUUGCCCUCGAGGUAAGCUGGGUCUUAAUAGCUUUCCUCUGGGGUAUCUGGCGCUUGAUGCUAGACUUGUCUCCUACCAACAUGAUGGAAGCCCUAGAUUUCAGCAACCAAGUAUGGUCAUUUGGCCAAAUCGUCCCCGUAUUAAUGUUGGCGGCACCCCUCAUCAGCAUUGCUGAAACAUUUAAAGAACGUGAGUUUUACAAAGCUACAAAGCUUUCCGAAACAGACUCAAGUGAGGAGACUUUGGUGCCCCGGGAGUCAUCGGACCGCCAUCUAUCAUCUCGACUCCCUUUGCGCUCUACCGAACCUAGUACAUCUGAGGACCUCGAAAGGCCAGAUUCUGGCUGGGCCUCCCACCCCAGCUGUCUUGGAACAGCAACUACAUACAUCUGCGCGUCUUGUAUUUACGUUGGCGUGCUUGUUUUCGUCAAUUCUUCAAAUGGCACGGCCCCUUUGAAUGGGAUUCGCCAAUUUGGCCUAAUUGUUCCGAUGGCAAUUUACUGCUUUUAUUGGGUAGUGCUUCUCUCUCACACUAUCGAACUGGCCGUACCGCAAGAUCGUUGUUGGCUUCGAAGGUUCUUACAGGGUGUGGUCCUUGGCUUGUAUAUGACUGGCACAUAUAUUCUCGGUGCAAACUAUUGGCUUCUGGUGAUUGCUAGUGGCUUUUACAUUCUGGGUUCUUUCAUACACACAGCUAUUGGGUGGAGCAAGCGUUGA